AUCGUUCAACCACAUUGAUCUGUCUCCACAAUGCGCCCGGCCGGUCUGAAACAAACCCUCUCUUCGCGCCGUCUUUCAUCCUCUGCUCGCUUACCUGCUCAUUUCGCGAGAGUGUCAUUCUCCCUUUCGUCACCCUCCCCUGCACUUUCGCUCGUGAACACCCUCGACGUCUUCGACGCAUCUUUCCAACCUGUCGAGUCGAGCUGCCGCAAUGAGGGGCCUGGUGCCUCUACCUCUUCACUCUCUCGCUCUUCCGUUUCUCCUCUGCCAGAGCCUGUUCUUUACAACGGCCGUGCGCUAUCAUCAUCGCCGACUACUCUGAACAGUGCAGCGCCCCUCCCUACGUCACUUCCGCUCGGUGUCAUCUUUGAUGGCCCAGCUCACAGUGCUGAACCACGGCCAUACAUCCCUGAAGCUCACACUGUUGCGCUGUCCGAUGACCAACUCCCAUCGCAGACGAUCUUGUCAGCCAAGGCGGUCAAAGACUACAAUCGUCUUAGGGCUUCAGGGAUGUUUGGGGCAAGGCCGGCUGAGGGAUAGGGGUUUGGUUUGAUGCUUUUCAUCUGGUUUCUAUAUUUACACUGAGCUCCUUGGAUCAUCAUGUGUCUAGACACGAGUUUUCAUUAGGUCGCAAGGAGGGGGAGGCAUGCAUUUGUGUACUAUUAUGUAUAACGUUGUACCAGGUAUUCACAUAGACAUUGUCCGGGGUUGCAAAUCGCCACCACACCAUUUCAGCCUUU